UGUCCAUUCUUCCUGCUUUCCUGGGAGAGAGAAUGUUUGAGUGUAUGUAGACAAAACAGACAAUAGAUUUUCCGGCAGGGGCCUCUCCCAGCCCUACAUGGCGAUGCUGGGGAUUGAACCUGGGACCUCCUGCAUGCAAGGCAGAUGCUCUACCGCUGAGCUGUGGCCCUGCCCUCAAAGUCUUAUCGCUAUUCUUCUCCCAGGCAAGGUUUGAGCUCGGGUAGCGGCAGUUCAACCAUUCACCUUGGGCACUUGCACAAACAGGAACAAGGAAGUGAAGGUGGAUGGCACUUACUUUCACCAAGAAGCAGGAGUGGAACCUGCUGGAGAAAUACAUUCAGAUAUAACGGAACAUCCGGAGGAACACUAAAGACAAAGAAAAAUGGGUAGUGCAGAAAAAGAUUUUGGCCAAGAGUUGAGUGACCAGGUCAACGACCUUCUGAGCCGACUGGCAAGCAAGCAGAUGUUCCAGUCUCCCUGGGACAUCGCAGCAUUCGCCAUUUUCUUUUCUUUCAUUGGUGUGGUUCUUUUCAUGGCCCUCCUUGUUCUCAUCCGCUGUUUUUGCUGCUGCUGCGAUUGUGACUCUCCUGGAUCGUACAAGAAGAUCCCCAAAAGAAAAGUUGGCAUUGAUAACAAGGCCAUGGAGCCGUAAGUCUUGCUGCGACUGAUCGCCUAAGCAACAAGACGCCUCUGCUUUUCCUGGAUGUUUGCUUCUCGCUGGAAUUGUAAAUUGGCUCCCGCCUGGGAGGGUGUGGGCGAUUGGGGGGGGGUGCCACAGGCUAGAUGCUCAGACUGUGACCAUCUUUAGCCUUCAUCUGAUUGCUUUAAGCUGAGGGGGGAAAUAAUCAAACCAUUCCUUGCACGAGCCUUCGGUUUCGGUUUCUUCUGCUUCUAAUCACUGGUGAAAAGAUCAUGGCGGCAGCUGGCUCAAGGAGCAAACUUGUCUCCCCCCCCCGCCCCUCAUUUCCUCCCUCUACUAAUUGGCCCUUCAGCUGUUACUUUGUAUUUCAUUAAAAACGGAGCAGGUCAAA